AUAAAAUAUAAAAGAAAUAAUACCAUGAAUGAAGGCAAUUUUGAUAAUGUAUCUUUUGCAAUCGGUCUUUCUCUUGCCAUCUCGUCUAGUGUAUUUAUCGGGUCAAGUUUUAUUAUAAAAAAAGUUGCCUUGAAAAAAGUGAAUUCUUUAGGAAUUACAAGAGCUGCUGCUGGAGGUUAUGCAUAUUUAAAACAAUGGAUUUGGUGGCUAGGCCUUUUGACCAUGGGUGUAGGAGAAGCUGCAAACCUGAUGGCUUAUGCAUUUGCUCCAGCAGCACUAGUCACUCCUUUAGGUGCUUUAAGUGUGCUUGUUGCUGCAAUACUUUCAUCAAGAUUGCUACAGGAAAGACUUAACUUUAUUGGAAAGAUUGGAUGUUUUCUAUGUGUCAUCGGUUCAAUCGUUUUUGUUAUACAUUCCCCUAAAAGUGAAGAAAUACAAAUUUUUUCUGAACUAUGUGAAAAAUUAGUUGAUAUUAUUUUCUUGUCAUAUGCUGUAACAAUUUUUGUAAUGACAUAUAUAGUUAAAACAGUAUUUGUUCCAAGGUUUGGGAACACCAAUGUUACAGUGUAUUUAUUCAUAUGUUCAGGCACAGGAAGUUUAACUGUGGUGUUUUGUAAAGGUGUAGCAUUAGCUAUUAAGGAUACAUUAAGUAGUGAUGUUAAUAAUUUUACCAACUUCAUGUUUUGGUUGCUUUUGUUGAUGUCUAUUUUAUGUAUAAUAGUACAAAUGAACUAUUUAAACAAGGCACUAGAUAUAUUUAAUACAAGCGUUGUGACACCCAUUUAUUAUGUAAUGUUUACUAUUUUAGUUAUUAUAGCAUCGGGUAUUUUGUUUAGAGAGUGGGAGCACAUGAUAUUUGAAGAUAUUUUGGGUUGUAUAUGUGGUUUCCUUAUUUUAAUUAUAGCAGUAUUUACUCUCAAUGUUUUUAAAGAUUUUAAGAUUGCUUUGAAAGAUUUAAAACAUAAUCCAGAACAACAAUUGAAAACAAUUCAUGAUUUUGAAAGUUUUACAUAGCGUAUAAAACUUUACAUCCAUAAGAAAUUAAAUUUUUAAUUGAUGUUAUUAACUUAUUUGGUUAAAAUCUGUAAGCUUUAAAAAAUUUAUACUAGAGAUCCGAUAGACAUAUAAACAACUUAAUAAGAUUAUAUUAUAAGUGUAAUUUGUAUAAAAAUAUAUGUAAGUAGUAAUCUUAACAAUUAAAGCAUAACUUUACAUAACUAUUAAUCAUUUCCACAGUAGAAUCAUAGAUACUUGAAUAAAAACUAAAAUAAA